AUGGUGUGCAAGGAUCCAAACCUUCAGUGUGGCUUUCAUGAGCCUGUUCCUAUUCACCACACAUAUCAUCAGCAUGGAGAUGUUAACAUUGCUGGCAUUAUUUCUGUAUUUUUUACAUUUUCUAAACCCAUUGAUUUUAGUCAAAAUCCUUCUCAGGGAUUUCAUGAUGGACUUAUAAUAUAUUUUCAGAAUUACCAGCAUAUCCUGGCCUUAGUGUUUACUGUACAACAGAUUAAUGAAAACUCCCAAAUUCUACCCAAUGUAACACUGGGCUUUCACAUUUUUAACAGCCAUUUUAGUCCAGGCUGGACUUACUUUGCUUCAAUGUUGCUGCCUUUCACUCAGGGAAAAUUCAUCCCUAACUACAAGUGUGGGAUCCCAAAAAUUUUGGCUGCAGUCAUUGGGGGACCUGACAUUGCUCUUCACAUGGCAACUAUAUUGUGCAUCUACAAAGUUCCUCAGGAUCACCAUAGCAGCAUGAAUAACUAUAAUUCUGAACAUACAGUGGGGAUAUUUGGCCUAGCAAAUUGUUCUCCAAUUCUAGAAGCUGAACUAAGAUGGAUCUGGAUUGGAAUUCUUCUAGUAAAAGAUGAAAAAGGAGAGAAAUUUCUCAAGGAGAUACUCCCAAUAUUUUCUGAGCAUGGCAUCUGCAUUGAAUUCAUAGCAGAGUUCCCAAAUGUAGCUUUUUACACGGAUUUUACUGAUAUCAUAGAUGAAGGAUUACAUAUAUACCAUGUUCUCAUGAACAGCACAGCUAAUGUGAUCAUCUUAUAUGGUAACAUUUACUCCUUAUCAGUUCUGAGAAGUUUCCUCCAGUUUUCAGAAGUGGAGGAUAUACCAAAGAAGGAAAAGAUCUGGCUUAUAACUGCUCAGACAGAUUACACUUCAGUGUCUAUUCAUAAAUCUUGGGAUAUCCAUUUCCUACAUGGUGCUUUAUCCUUUGCAGUUCACUCAAAGGAGGUCCAAGACUUCCAGGAAUUUCUUCAGAACCUAAGUCCAAAAAACAACCAACAUGAUCAUUUUUGGAAAGAUUUUUGGGAACAGGCAUUUGAUUGUUUCUUUGCAAAUUCAAAAAUGGAGAAGUCUGAGAAGAAAUGUACCGGACAGGAGAGGCUUGAGACCCUUCCUAUAUCUGUGUUUGAAACACACAUGAGCAGUCAGAGUUACCAUAUUUACAAUGCAGUCCAUGUUGUGGCACAAGCUUUGCAAUCUCUGUAUUUCUCCAAAUCCCGGGAAAAAGCAAUAGUGAAAAAAGGAACUAAAAAGUUUCACAAUCAAAUGUGGUGGGAGGAUUUUAGAAACAAAAAUAACACUGUGCAUCAUGAAAGGUACAACAAAGCCAUAAUGAAACAUGUUGGUGGGAACACUAUGCUUUGGGACUGCUUUUCUUCAGCUGGAACUGGGGCUUUUGUCAAAGUGGAAAGAAUUAUGAACAGUUCCAAAUAUCAGACAAUUUUGGUUCAUUCCUUUCUGAAAAGUGUCAGAUUCAACAACAGUGUUGGUGAAAAGAUCUCCUUUGAUAAAAAUGGAGAAUUCAUUGGUGGAUAUGAUAUUAUUAACUGGAUCACAUUCCCAAACCAAUCCUUUGUGAGGGUCAAAGUUGGAAUAAUAGAUCCCACAGCUCCAGCAGACAAGUUCUUCAAUAUUUCUGUAGAUUCCAUCACGUGGCCAGUCAGCUUUAAUCAGGUACUGCCUCUGUCUUUGUGUAAUGAUCCUUGUGAGACAGGAUAUAGCAAGGCCAAGAAAGAAGGGGAGUCAUUUUGCUGCUAUGAUUGCUAUCUAUGCCCAGAGGGGAAAAUUUCAAAGGAGAAGGACAAGGAUGAUUGUUCUCCAUGUCCCAAAGAUCAAUAUCCCAAUUCUGAGAAAAAUAUGUGCAUUCCAAAGCGGAUCACCUUUUUGUCCUGUGAAGAACCCUUGGGGAUCAGUCUGGCUGCUCUUUCUCUUUGCUUUGCUUUAAUGACUAUUUUUGUAAUAAAAAUUUUCAUGAAAUAUAAAGACACUCCUAUCGUCAAAGCCAACAACCGGAAUCUCACUUACACUCUCUUAGUUUCCCUCCUCCUCUCCUUCCUUUGUGUCUUUCUAUUUAUUAGGAGACCUGAAAAGAUUGUUUGUCUGCUUCGCCAACCAGCUUUUGGCCUCAUCUUUUCUGUGGCGAUUUCUUGUGUAUUGGCCAAAACCUUUGUUGUGGUUCUAGCAUUCAUGGCCACCAAACCUGGUUCCAAAUUAAAGAAAUGGGUGAGGGGAAGAAUGGUCAGUUUCAUUCUUCCAUCCUGCUUCCUUGUUCAAAUAUGUUUUUGUGCUGCAUGGCUGAUAACCUCUCCACCAUACCCAGAUACUGAUAUGCAGUCAAUGUCUGAAGAAAUCAUCAUGGAGUGUAAUGAGGAAUCGGUUAUGUUCUACUGUGUUUUGGGCUUUAUGGGUUUUCUUGCUCUGGUUAGCUUCUCUGCUGCUUUUCUAGCUAGGAAGUUGCCUGACAGUUUCAAUGAAGCCAAAUUCAUCACCUUCAGCAUGUUGGUCUUCUGCAGUGUUUGGCUGUGCUUUAUUCCAACCUAUCUAAGCACAAGGGGAAAAUAUAUGCUGGCCGUGGAGAUCUUCUCCAUGAUCUCCUCCAGUGCUGGCUUAUUGGUGUGCAUCUUUUUUCCCAAGUGCUUUAUCAUUGUGAUGAGACCUGAACUGAAUACUAAACAUCAGCUCAUGAAAAAAAAGUUUUAA